ACACGAAACAUGUGAAGAGGCGAGCAAAGGAGUGGAAUUGAGCAUUUGAUUCCCCUCUUAUGGAAUCAAGUUCAGAGUCGAUUCUGAAGCUCUUGACUUGGGUUAAUCUUUCACAGAACAAGAACUUAAGAACAAGGAUUCGUCAUGGCUUCGCGGGCCGGACCGAGAGUCGGUGGGACGGAUGGAAGUGACUUCCAGCAUCGGGAACGUGUUGCCUCACAUUAUCAGAUUAGUGUGGCACUGAAAUCGGAAAUCCGAAAGCUGAACUUUGCUCACAUGGCGAUCUGGGCGUUAGUGUUGGCCCAGGUGGUGGUAAGCCAGCUGAAUUUAAUCUCCUACAAACUGGUGGCCAGCCCCUACCAGUGGGAGUACCCAUACCUGCUGAGCAUCGUCCCCACCGUCCUGAGCUUCAUGGCAAUACCGAGGAACAAUAUCGGCUACCUGGCCGUCUCCAUGAUCUGCGCUGGGCUGUUUUGCAUCGCGCCGAUCAUCUAUGGCACCAUGGAGAUGUUCCCUGUGGCGCAGCAGCUGUACCGGCACGGCAAAGCGUACCGCUUCAUCUUUGGCUUUUCCGCUGUCUCCGUCCUCUACCUGGUCAUCGUGGUAGCUGUGCAGGUGCAUGCCUGGCAGAUAUACUACAGCAAGAAGCUUCUGGAUGCCUGGUUUACCACCACACAUGACAAGAAGAAGAAAUAAAACUGGUUACAGAAAUGGACAAACAGCUUAGGCCUAUUGUUUAUCAUCAUUAACAUUAUCACCAUCAUCAUAUUAUUAUUAUUAUUCUUAUUGUUUGUUUUUUUCGAGGAAGACCUAAUCUUUUUCUUUAAUGACUUGAGAUGACAAACCCUCACCCAGAACGCUCUGAACUUGUGAACCUUUAGCUCUCCUCUCUUCCUUCACUGAUCAGAUUCACAUUAGUUUUGAGAUUCAUUAAUAAUUUCCUGUCACUAAAGGUUUCAUUGCAUCUUAACCACACCCAUAAAGAAAAAAAAGGUUCUUCUGUACUAUGUGAACUCAUUUAUUUUUUCUACUCAGGUACACAAAAAAAAAAAAUUAUAAAAAAAAAUCAAGAAAUAAAAAUGGACCGGAAAUUUGUACUGUUGUACUUAUUUAAGCGCUAAAUAAAGCUGGUAUUUUAAAAGAA